AUAUUAUGAAGCUUCAAUUGAUGAACUUAAAGAAUAUAUAAAAAAUACUAAUGCAAAUUUGUCGCCUAGAAUUAAAAGUAUUAUUGAAGAUUCCAGCGAAGAAUCAAUUGAAAUAUUAAAUGAUAUAUUAAAGAUUCAAACACUAAAUGAUGCAUUAAACAA